UUCUCAUCGAGUGCGAUAUUCUAUGGCUUUUUAUGGCGAUUGACGACAGACGAUGGUGGUCUCGUACGUCUCGUAUCACGUUGGUCGCCUAAAAAUCUUUUUUUUAUGUGAAUAAUCUCGAAUCUUGCAGCCAACAGAUCAUCUAUUUAUAAUGUCUGUUGCUGAAUUUCUAAAGGGCCUUCCGUCACACGAUGAAAACAAUUUUGCAAAUUUUCAUACCGAUAACGGAAAUCGGACAUGUGUCAAAAGACCAUCGGUCUAUCUUCCUACUAAAGAUUACCCUUCCGAACAAAUUAUAGUUACUGAAAAGACAACCAUUUUAUUGAGGUAUCUUCAUCAUCAAUGGGAUAAGAAGGUAAAAAGCACGUGGAACACAUAUGUGUAUACUGCUGCAAAAUGUAAAGACGCUAUGAGACGUACUGGGAUACAAGUUUCCGUGUAUAUUAAACGGCGUAACGUAACGAAUAGAAAGAUAAUUAUUAAAAUAUAUAUGUAAAAUAAACUGGUGAUUCGACAACCACGUUUUAAUUUGAACAAAAUGAAGGAUUUUGAGUUGGGCAAAAUUGAUAAGAUUCUUUGAAGAGCAAGAGAACAUUGUAAUUAAAUAAAACUAGUAUACUUUUCAUAUUAGUAACGAACAGAUCCGCCUUUAUUCUAAGCUACCUUGAUCAUUUUAUUAGGUAAACUCAAAUAUUUUGCUUGCUACACGAUCUUAAUCCUUGGGUCUUCUUGAUCUCAGAAUCUCAGGAUAUAUAAAAUUAUAACUUUCACGUCGCCAACAUUAGUAAUGCUUUUCAUUUUGAAUGUAGCUCUGUCAAGUUUUUCACACAUUUUCUGUAAAAUUGAUGUGUCAAUCUUGCAGUCUGACUACCUGUAUUAUUGCGUUGAAACGUAUAAUUUUCUUCAUUACAGUUUUGAGUUAGUUUUAUAAUUAAUUUGAAAUAAUUAUUACUUUUUACGUAACUACUGUUAAAUUUGGUUGUAAUCAGCACCUACUUAUUUUAGCUCUUUUAUCAUAUGGACAACUCAAAAUCCUUUCUUCUUUUUAGAGAUUGUAAAAAAAUAAUAUUUCCAAACGUCCAGAAUUGGACCGUCCAAAAAUUAUAUUAUUUUUAUUAAUGAAUAUUAUGUACCUCUAUAUUUUCUUUUUUUUUUUUCCAACGAAGAUAACAGAGUAAAUUUUGCUAUUUUGUCUUUUCAAAUAUUUUACUUGUAUCACUCUUUUUAACAAAUUUAUUUAAACUGUAAUUAUAAUAUAUUUCAUUGCACGUUAUGUAGAACUAAAUCCGUCAAAGCUUUGUUUUUACUUUAUUUUAAAUUAUACAGGUACAAAGGGAUUGAUAUGAUAGGGAGGAGUGCUUUAUCAUUUUUUAUCCAACACUAUAUAUAGUUAUAAUAUUAUUUAGUAAUUAAGUAUAUCGCUAUAAAUAUUUUUAUUAAAUACGUGUUU